UGUUGACAAUCAAAUGUCUGGCUGUUUCUGAGAUUGAUGGUGACUCGGUGAGUGGGAUAUGUUUUGUGGGGUACCGAGAGUAUGGAUACAGACUUGGCUUUGUUGUUCUACCGUUAACGCUCUGUCUUUGUGCUGGAAUAGUAAAUCUCAUACGGGGUCUUCGGACACUGGUCAAGCUAAGAAAGGACACUCCGGACUUCAUCAGCGACAAAGCCACUUCCAAGAUAAAGGAAACAAUCAUCAGACUUGGUACAUUUACUGUGCUGGCCUUUGUGUUUGUACUGAUCUCGAUAUCUAUACACAUCUACUCCUUCAGCAGUGAGCAAGGAUGGAAGGACAGCUUUAAAGACUACUACUUCUGCCUUGCCAACGUGACGGUGACCAAGACAGUGGACAGUUCCUACUCACGAACCUGUGCCAUGGCCACCAGACCCAGUAUUGUUUCUGUGGAGUUUCACGUCCUCGCUUUCUUCGGAGCUGGAAUUUUAAUGAGCAGCUGGUCGUGGACAAAAGCUUCCCUUCUUUCCUGGGAACGUUUUUUACGGAAAGUAUUCAAAAAGCCAUCAAACAAACCAGUAAAGAUGAAGAAACACAAGAUGAUAGCCAAAGCCUUUGAGCGGCGAAAGGAUAUGAACAAUGGGCGGAUGUCGAUUAGCUUUGGCAGUACCCAUGAUGAUCCUCUGG